GUAGAAAUGUGGUUGGUGUCGCGAAGUCGCGUGUUAUCUUUACGACAGUUUCGUUUGGUUAUUUCACAAACACGAGACAUACAUGUGACAUCUAAUAAACUUCGACACAGCAAAAAUAUCAUGGCUCAUGUAAAAGAAAAUCUUAAACCACAAAAUUUCCAAUAUUUUCUUGUUUUGGAUUUCGAAGCAACAUGUGAUGACAACAAAAAAUUACAUCCACAGGAGAUAAUAGAAUUUCCAGUUGUGAUGCUCAAUGCCGAGACGUUGGCUACAGAAUCUGUUUUUCAUGAAUAUGUACAGCCACGUGUCCACAACCGUCUUACUCAUUUCUGUACAAAUUUAACGGGAAUCAUUCAAGAGAUGGUUGAUGGACAAGAUCACAUAGAGGAUGUAUUGAAGAAAUAUGACAAUUGGAUGGAGGAGAAAUUGCUGAGUAAGGGCCAUACAUUUGCGUUUGUGACAUGUGGCGAUUGGGAUCUUAAAACAAUGUUACCAAGUCAGUGUGAUUACUUUAAUAUUAAAAAGCCGUCCUAUUUUAAUCAGUGGAUCAACAUAAAAAAGGAGUAUGCUGCAGCUACCAGUAAAUAUCCAAGGGGAAUGCCUGCCAUGUUGGAAGGUUUAUCGCUAGAUCUCGAAGGCCGACAUCAUAGUGGAAUAGAUGACAGCAAAAAUAUAACUCGAGUCGUGGUUGAAUUGCUGAAGAAAGGACACGUGUUCAAAAUGACUGGACGGCUAUAGGAAACCUUUCAGCUAGUGUUCUCGACAAAGUGUAUGGAACCCAGAGAGAAUGUGUUUAGUCUCAUUAACGAUGAUCCUGCUUCUCAGACCUUGUAAACCUCUUGUUUCGUGAUGUCAGAUCCGUAACACAGAAAUAGCAGCAGCCUGGCUCAAGAUGGAGUUAUUUUAAGGAAGGGAUAAUGAAUUGAAGUGACUGUGGAUCCAACAAAGUUUCAUAAAAUUUGGGUGAAAACUUUUGGUCAGGAUCUGCGGACAUGCCUGAUGUAUUAUUUCCCCAUUAUUGUGUAAAACUUCUGUAGCUUUCAACUGACAGGAUGGGGCCAACAAAAGCUUAAACAAAGGGAUUUGUGUGUGUGUAAGUGUAAAUUUUGUUAUUGAAUAUGAAUGUUUUAUGUCAAAGAAUGUUUUGAUUUACUAAAAAUAUCGGUCUACAUGGAAACUGUAUAGUUGAAAUACAUACUUUUAAGUAAUAAAUAAACUGUUUUGU